CGCUCUGAUGAAAAAAAAAUCCAUUCAAUAAUUUUUGUGUACAUUUUAUCUGUGUGUACACUUGUAAACAAAAUUAAUGAUAAUUUGAAAUAUUAAAAUCAUAGUAAAAUGAGCACCUGUUUGAGAAAAACAACAUUAGGUUGGCUUCAUAUACUAAAUCGAUGAAAAAUUUAAAAUAUAAUUUGGUUCAAAAUGGUAGUAUAAACACUACAUAUGGUUUUUCCAUUAACGUAAAAAGAAACCGCAAUUGGUGAUGACCGCAAUUGGUAAUAAGAUUUUACAGAAAUGACAAAUAAAAUGAUGAUUAUUUUCUUCCUUCUGAUCAAUUUGUGCAGAAGUCAAGGAAUACCUCAAAGAAGCAAUAUUUUCAUCUACCUUGAUGUCAAUACUCAGCACCAUUUGUUUUCAUACAAACUGUUACGUCAGGUGCUGGAAGGUAUAUCCCUUAAACACUACCGAGUUAGCCUGCACACUACAACUGGUGUAUCAGUGCCGAUCGUUAAAUUUCAAUCGCGAAAAUGCCUAUUGAAUAAAAUAAGAUCUCAACGCAAAAAGAUAUAUUCGCUCAAUCGCGUAUUAAAAUAUGCUCAAAAUGAAGUAAUUGAUAAAUUUCGCCACGAUCAAAACUAUAUUUUAAUAAUUACUGACAGACCACUGCAAAAGUAUUCACUCUUAGUGGUAAAAAAGUACCAAAGUGAGACAAAGAAUAAAGGUAUCUACUACGUACCCAUUGGACGUAAAGAGACAAAAGAAACCUCUUUUUAUCACGUGGUUAAUUUCGAUCGUAUUAUCAGUUUUACUCACAGUCUGCCAUUUAUAAACAAUAAACAGUCAUAUUGUGACCACGGACACACAGUACGAGAUGAAUGUGGAAGAAUAUGCAAGUGCGUGAAGAACAAAAUGGUGGACUGUUACAGGCUGAGAAAAGAAUUUUCCAGCAUGACAUACAGUGAAAGAAUGCGAUAUCUAUCAACUUACAAAGCUCUCUCAUUGAGUGAAGACCUGCAAGAAUCUUACCUGGGUAUUGUUUCAUAUCAUUCUGACUAUUUUGAAGAAGGAAUUCAUGAAAGGAAACAAUUUUUUCCCUGGCACAGGAGAUACCUACUUUCUUUUGAAAAUCUUUUACGAGUGCUUGACUGUCGUGUGACCUUACCUUUCUGGAACUGGGCGUUAUACUCCAAAGAAUCGUGGUCAGUUACCCCAUCACAUCACAUGUGGAAAAACAUAGGUGGUUUUGGUGGGAAUGGUGAUAACGGAAAAGCUUUGUGUGUGACCAGCGGCAAGUUUAGUUACAACCGUUGGCAGACACCAGAUUAUGAAGACAAAAAAGAACUCCUCGAUGAAAUAUGCAACCAAACUUUGUCCAUAGACACAACGAAGAAAUCAAACGCGUUAGAACUGUUUAGCAAAAAAUGUCAUUUGAUGUUUCAAAAGUACACAAAAUACCAAAAAUGCUUACGUAGGCAUUUUAAUACACAUCCACCGAAUUAUACCCAUGUUUUUGAUGUUACCAUGCACACUCCCUUAAGAAAAUUCAAAGAGUUUGAGAAUGAAGUGAGAGACAUAUGGCAUAAUGAUGUACACAAUGCUAUAGGCGGUCAUAUGGAGUCAUCAUUUGCGUCUAACUCUCCAGAAUUUUGGUUACAUCACGCCAUGCUGGACAACAUAUGGGAUAAAUGGCAGAAACGUGGAAAAGCUUUUAAGUUUGUUGGAUACAAAACAAAGACCAGACCGAUUACCCUACUUGCUUUUAGACCGAAAGAAAAAAGACGUUAUUACGUAGACAAUAAUAAUUUAGCUGGUUGUGGAAUUCGAAUUCGUUAUCAAAAUCCGUUUCCAUAUAUAGCAUAAAUUUAAAUAAAAUAUAAAACUAUUCCUAUCUACCUUUAAAGAAUAACAACACUACUUC